AUGGCCAUCCAGCAUCUCCUUGUCAUCGUCUUCGUGGCAUCCAUCCUCCAUGCCGCCUCCUCCGCAACAACCAAAUCGACACUAGCUGCCGCAACAGCUUACGACGUUCUAGAGCAAAACAACUUGCCCCGGGGCCUCCUCCCACAGGGGGUGCAGUCAUAUUCGCUCCGUGGGGGCGAUCUGGCCAUGACCUUGCUGAACGUGUGCGAAUUCUCCGUCGCGGUCGCUGGCAAGCAAUACAGGUUUCGGUACGACAAAACCGUCGGCGGAACUAUCCAGUCCGGAUCCAUAAGCAAAGCGUACGGCGUGAGGGUGCAGGUGGAGUUCGCGUGGCUUGGGUUCAACCAAGUCCAGCGUGUCGGCGACCAGCUGACCCUCCAUCUCGAGACGUCCACGCUAUCAUUCCCGGUCAGCGCCUUCACGCAGAGCCCCAGAUGCAACUGA